AUGUCUAUCCCCGACUACAGCUUUGCCGAUUCCAAGCCUUUCAAGUUCCUCGUCGGUCCCGCACGCAGAGCCUUCUACAUGCAUUCCAGACUCGCUUCACAGCUGUCCAUUGCCAUGGACAAGUUACUCAAUGGUGAUAUGAUUGAAGCAAAGGAAGGAUUCGCAGUGUUUGAGGACACAGAUGAGGAAACCUUCAUUCGCGUCAUCCAGUUUGCCUACACAGGUGACUAUACGGUUGCUGAGCCAGAUAUCGUGCUGUCCGAGUCAGACAUUGUUGUCGAUAAUCCAACCGGUCCCGCGGAUCAUGAAGUACCAGUUGCAGCCGUUGAUUCAUAUCCAAUCGAAUAUGAUGUCCCUCAAGCCGCAGAGCCCAGGGAAUUUGGGCUAGAAAUAUCUGAGCCAAUCUCAUCUCAGUGGGAUUUCAAUGGCCUCGGGCAGAGUCGCAAGAAGAAAAAGAGCAAGGUGCGCUCUAUCGUGUGGCCCGAGGAUGAAAGUUUUUCUCCUCCACCCGCCGUUGACAGGGGGAAACCAAAGGCAGAACAAGUAUGGGACUCUUUUAAGUGCAAGGCACACAUAGCGGAGAAGGCAGCAUGGAAGCCGCAAGUCAACGAGGACCAUUGCCAGGAUUACACGCCCGUCUUUCUCUGUCACGCCAAACUGUACGCCUUCGCCGACCAGUACAGCAUCGAGCCCCUCCAGGACCUUGUCCUACAAAAGCUUCGGCUCACGCUCUCAUGGUUCAAACUGCAUCGACAGCGGGUCGGCGACGUGGUCGAAUUGCUGAAAUACACCUAUGACAACACCCCACCUCACGAGCAGGAGAUUGACCGGUUGCGUAACUUGGUCUCGGACUACCUGGUCUGCCACAUCAAAAAGAUCGCAGGCGACGUGAAGUUCACCGAGUUGCUCGAAAAUAGCGAUCUGGUCAAGGACUUUCUGCCCAAGCUCUUGAAAGCGUGGUUGGAUUGA